CUGCUAGUAAAUCUACAGAGAAUUUACUCUCUCCAUUGCUUAGAUCUCUCAUUUUCCCAGCAAUUUUCCCUAAUUUUCUUUGUUCGGUUUGAAUGAUUAAAGGUCUCUUUAUGAACUCCUCAAAAUCUCUGCAGAUGUGAAUAACUUCAUUCUCUCUUUCUCUCUCUGUGAUCCAAUCAUUUUCUCCUCUGUUUUUUCACUUUUCCCCUUUUUGUUGCUUUGAUUGAAAUCGUCUUCUAAAAGCUUCCUCGAUUCCCCUCUUUAUUACUUGCUUAAAAGGACGUUGACGCAGGUUGACGUUAAAUGUAAGACUAAGAAACGCAAGCUUCCGGCUGAAUUGGAUCAGGGUUUUUAGUGUCUCUUCUAGAUCUUGUAAGCGAGAAAAAUGAAGGCGGUGGAGCUUGGGUGGAUUGUCCUGGUGGUGCUAUUGGGACUUGUGGGUAGUGGGAAAGCAAAUGUUUACAUAGUGACAGUUGAAGGAGAACCUAUCAUUAGCUACAGAGGUGGUGAAAAUGGGUUUGAAGCUACGGCUGUGGAGUCAGAUGAGAAGCUUGACACUGCAAGUGAAUUAGUAACAUCCUAUGCUAGUCAUCUGGAAAAGAAACAUGAUAUGCUUCUUGGUAUGUUGUUUGAGCAUGGGAGUUACAAGAAACUCUACAGUUAUAAACAUCUGAUAAACGGCUUUUCAGUUCACCUUUCCCCCGAACAGGCAGAAACUCUUAGACGUGCUCCAGGUGUAAAGUCUGUGGAGAGAGAUUGGAAGGUGAGGAGACUUACAACGCAUACUCCACAAUUUCUGGGGCUCCCAACUGGUGUAUGGCCACUAGGAGGUGGCUGUGAAAGGGCAGGAGAGGACAUCGUUUUAGGAUUUGUAGACUCGGGAAUCUAUCCACAUCAUCCAAGCUUUGCAAGCCAUCAUACUAACCCCUAUGGGCCUGUUCCGAAGUACAGAGGAAAAUGUGAAAUUGAUCCUGAUACCAAGAGAAACUUCUGUAAUGGCAAGAUCAUUGGAGCCCAACAUUUUGCUGAAGCUGCAAAAGCAGCUGGUGCCUUUAAUCCUGCUAUUGAUUUUGCCUCUCCCUUGGAUGGUGAUGGACAUGGCAGUCAUACAGCAGCUAUUGCAGCUGGGAAUAAUGGUAUUCCUGUGAGAGUGAAUGGCCAUGAAUUUGGAAAAGCAAGUGGAAUGGCUCCUCGUGCCAGGGUUGCUGUCUACAAGGCACUAUACAGGCUUUUUGGAGGCUUUGUAGCUGAUGUGGUAGCUGCAAUUGACCAGGCUGUUCAUGAUGGUGUUGAUAUUCUUAGUCUCUCAGUGGGACCGAAUAGUCCGCCAACAACCACGAAGACAACAUUUUUAAAUCCUUUCGAUGCUACACUUCUGGCAGCUGUCAAAGCUGGUGUUUUUGUAGCACAAGCAGCUGGAAAUGGAGGUCCUUUCCCUAAAACUUUGGUUUCUUAUAGCCCAUGGAUAACAUCUGUUGCAGCAGCAAUUGAUGAUCGUAGAUACAAAAACCAUCUAACCUUGGGAAAUGGAAAAAUUUUAGCUGGAAUUGGGUUGUCCCCUUCUACACAUCCAAAUCUAACCUACACCAUGGUUGCUGCUAAUGAUGUGUUAUUGGAUUCCUCCGUAUCGAAGUAUAGUCCCUCCGACUGCCAAAGGCCAGAAGUUUUAAACAGGAAACUAGUUGAGGGGAAAAUUCUUCUUUGUGGCUAUUCCUUCAACUUUGUUGUCGGCACUGCAUCAAUUAAGAAAGUCUCUGAAACAGCCAAGUCUCUUGGUGCAGUUGGUUUUGUUCUUGCAGUGGAAAAUGUUUCUCCCGGAACUAAGUUUGAUCCUGUUCCCGUCAGUAUACCCGGAAUCCUUAUCACUGAUGUCUCGAAGACAAUGGAUCUUAUUGACUACUAUAAUGUUUCUACACCAAGAGACUGGACUGGACGAGUCAAGGGCUUCAAAGCUGUUGGUAGUAUUGGGGAUGGUUUGAUGCCAAUUCUCCAUAAAUCUGCUCCAGAGGUUGCACUAUUUUCUGCUCGAGGGCCCAACAUCAAAGAUUUCAACUUUCAAGAUGCUGAUCUUCUCAAGCCUGACAUUUUGGCACCUGGUUCUCUAAUUUGGGCUGCUUGGUCUCCGAAUGGAACAGACGAGCCAAAUUUCGUUGGAGAGGGAUUUGCUUUGAUAUCCGGAACCAGUAUGGCUGCACCCCAUAUAGCUGGGAUAGCUGCUCUUUUGAAGCAGAAACACCCUCAUUGGAGCCCUGCUGCGAUAAAAUCAGCCUUGAUGACUACAACAACAAAGCUCGACAGAGGAGGGAGGCCUCUUCAAGCACAGCAAUAUUCCGAAACAGAGGCAUUGAAACUUGUCAGUGCCACUCCUUUUGAUUAUGGGAGUGGUCAUGUCGAUCCAAGAGCUGCUUUGGACCCUGGACUCAUCUUUGAUGCAGGUUAUGAGGAUUAUCUGGGAUUCUUAUGCACAACACCUGGAAUCGACAUUCAUGAGAUAAGGAAGUACACAAACACCCCCUGCAAUACCACCAUGGGCCGCCCCUCGAAUUUCAAUACCCCAUCAAUCACAAUCUCCCACCUAGUUGGAACUCAAACCGUCACUCGUACCGUAACAAAUGUCGCCGGGGAAGAAACCUAUGUCAUCACAGCCAGAAUGCAUCCAUCCAUUGCCAUCGAAACCAGGCCUUCGGCCAUGACUCUGAGACCAGGUGCAUCAAGAAAGUUCUCCGUAACCCUUACCGCUCGGUCAUUAACCGGAAGCUACUGCUUUGGAUCGAUCACCAUGAAAGGCAGCAGAGGACACAAGGUGGUUAUACCGGUGGUGGCUCUGGGACACUGGCGAUAGAUUAAAUCGGUAAGCAAACAUCAAUGUUUUAUGGCUGUAUAACUAGGGGAGCAUUUCAUCUGCAAUGUUUCAGGUUACUACACCCUUGCAAUUAUUCAAUCACAAGCACUGAACUGUAUGGUUUUCGGUUCAAUGGUUUUAAAAAAAAAUUCUGAUUUCGAUACGAUUCGGGAUUGUGAUUGGUUAAUUGUAUUGUAGUAAUUGUAGAUGGAUAUGGCCUGUAUUGUUAUUCUUUGUAAUUUGUGGGUUAAUAAGGUGCGAUAUAUGUCUGAAAUAUAGACGUGGAAUAGUUUGUAUAUGGUAAAA